UGCUGAGUGGAAGACAGCAGAAAACCCUCCAUUAGGUUUUUAUUUUCCUUGUUUUGUUUCCUUUCAUUUUGCCUUAAGAAGAUGAACAAUGAAACCACAACCCUGAUAUCCUUGAAGGAGGCAAUGAAAAGAGUAGACCACAAACUCCAAGUUUUAGAAGCACAGUUUAAAGAACUGGACUUCACCAAGGAUAGCCUGACACAGAAAUUUGAACAUCAUAGCAAGGCUUUGGCAAACCAGGCAGCCCACGAUGAACUGUGGACAGCAGUGCUGGCACUCAAAUUCACUUCAAUGGAACUGAGUAUUUUAUAUAGCUACGUCAUGGAAGUACUCAUCUGCUUGCACACUCGUGUGCUUGAGAAGCUGCCAGACCUGGUGAGAGGUCUUCCCACCUUAGCCUCUGUCCUAAGACGAAAAGUCAAGAACCAGCGUAUUAGAGGUGUUUGGGAGUCUGUCCUAGAGGAAAGUGGGCUGGAAGAAGGAGAUAUCACAGCACUUUGUACCUUCUUUAUUGCAUAUGGUAACAAGGCAGAAUACUAUGUUGCUAAAGUGAGGCAGAUGUAUAUCAAGGAUGUCACUUUCCUGAUCACUAACAUGGUAAAGAACCAGGCUUUGCAGGAUGGUUUGCUCAGGGCUGUGCAGGUCAUUGAGAAGGGGAAAGCAGUGAAGGCCCCUGAAAACCAAAAGUCCCCCCUAAAAGAGUUGAUACCAUUAGCCAGAAACUAACUUUACUCUAUGACCAAGGGAUUCUACUUCUAGUAGUUUAUCUCACAAAAAUGGGGGGGGGGGGUAGGAAACGUAUGUACAAUUUAUUAUACACCUAUUUUUAUAGCAAAAGUGAGGGGAACCUUAAACAAAAUAUGAUAAAUUGAUACAAUGGAUACUUUUUGUGUAAGAGAAUGAAGAAGCUCUUUGUGUAACUGUACAAUGAUACAGAGCUAUCACCAAGAUGUGUUGUUUUAAAAGAUUUCCUAUAUAUUGUUAAGUGGAGGG